AUGCAGGCGGCGGGCGAGGCGCGCGGCGGGGCUGCGGCCUUCGCGCUCAUAUACUUCACGUUCUUCCUGGACAACGUGCUGCUGACCGUGCUGGUGCCCAUCAUCCCGGACUGGGUGCGCGGCGAGGCGCUGGCACUGUGGACGACGCAGGACGCGCCGCUGGCCAGCCUGCUCAACCACACCGCGCAACGCGCUGUCGCCGCCGCCGGUACUCGUCCACGCUACGCAUUCCUCGUACCCACUCUCCUCCAUACUACGACAGUUAGGUAUUCUCUUGCGAACCCGAUGCAUCUGCCGGGGCAAGCGUGUAGUGUGUGUGACGAGACAGAGGGCGCGGGCGGUGCGGGCGGUGCGGGCGGUGCGUCGCAGGCCGUGGUAGGCGUGGUGCUGGGCGCCAAGGCGGCCGCGCAGCUGCUGGCGGCGCCGCUGGCGGGCGCCGCCGUGUGCCGCCGCGGGGCCGCGCCCGUGCUCGGGCGCGGCGGAUGGCGCGCGGCGCUGUGCGUGGCGGCGGGGCGCGCGGCGCACGGCGCGGGCGCGGCGCUGGGCGCGGUGUCGGGGCUGGCGCUGGCGGCGCGGGUGUUGGCGCCGCCGCAGCGGGACCGUGCCAUCGGAGCGCUGCUAGGAGCCGUCGCACUGGGCGUGUUGGUGGGCUAUCCGUUCGGCGGGGCGACGUACGCGCUGUGGAGUCGCGGCGCGCCCUUCCUGCUGAUAGCGGCCGCGUUGCUGGCCGACCUCGCCCUGCAGUACAUGUUUCUGGAUAAGGAGGAGUACAAUCGCCCGUGCGAUGAAGGCGCGGGCGGAGUGUCGUGGCGCGGCGUGUGGGCGCUGGCGGGGCGCGAGGGCGCGGGCGCGUGCGCGGGCGCCGUGCUGCUGACGACGUGCGUCAUGGCGGCGCUGGAGCCGUGCCUGCCGCUGUGGCUGAUGCACAAGUUCCACCCGCAGCGCUGGCUGACGGGCGCAGUGUUCGUGCCGGACUCCGCCGCCUACCUGCUGGCCGCCAGCCUGCUGGGCGGCGCGGCGCGGCGGCUGGGCGCCGAGCGCGUGGCGCUGGCGGGGCAGCUCGCCGUGGCACUCGCCGCGCUCGCCGUGCCGCACGCGCGCUCCGUGUCGGGGCUGGCGGCGCCGCACGUGGCGCUGGGCGCAGGGCUGGGCGCAGCGGACGCGGCGCUGGUGCCAGCGCUGCUGGCUCGCCACCCACGGCGCGAGGCGCACGUGGCGGCGCUGCUGCAGGCGGCGUCGAGCGCAGCGUACGCGCUGGGCCCGGUGCUGGGCGGCGCGGUAUCAUGGUGCGUGGGCUUCGAGACAGCGAUGCGUGCGCUGGGUGUGCUCAAUCUGCUGUACGUGGCCUACCUGUACCGCGCGCUGACGGCGCAUCCGCUGUCCCGCCAGGUACUGUGCCGCGCUGUGUGUGUGUGUGUGUGUGUGUACUGUACCGUUGUAACGUGCCUGUGUAUGCAGUGGGGCGCCAGCUCGCCGGAGGAGGAGGGCGCCGACUACGAGGUUGGCGCCGAGCGUCUGCCGCUGGCGCCCCGUCAGUAGAGCCACCGACACCACUCGAGCGACUCGUACAUACUACCUAGUACCUACAGACUACAGGCUACUUUAUCUUACUGGACUGAUAACAUCGAAGUUGCAACCGAUUUCUACUUAGUGGUCGCACUGUACAAACAUAUUAAGUAAUUCAAUUAUGUAUUGAAAGUUUAUCGGCGUUGGUAAUAAACAGAAGUAUAUAGUAAAGCAAAACUGAAGGUACUUACUUAAUUAUAAACUAGACCCAAUGUGUUGGUUGUUUCACUAGUUUAGUACCCUACCCUACCCUACCUAUCCUUACUUAAUAUUAUAAAUUGGAAAGUGAGUUUGUUUGUUCCA